AUGAGGAUUGACGUCAAGAGGCAAUUGUUCGCCCGCAGCGAGCGGGUCAAAGGCAUCGAUUUCCACCCUCAAGAGCCAUGGAUCCUGACGACCCUCUACUCUGGCCAUGUCUACAUCUGGUCGUACGAGACGCAACAGAUUGUCAAGACCUUUGAGCUCACCGAUGUCCCCGUCCGCGCCGGUCGCUUCAUCGCGAGGAAGAACUGGAUUGUCUGCGGCUCCGAUGAUUUCCAAUUGCGCGUCUACAACUACAACACGUCCGAGAAGAUCACCUCCUUCGAAGCCCACCCCGACUACAUCCGCGCCAUUGCUGUUCACCCGACGCAGCCCUUCGUGCUCACCGCAUCCGAUGACAUGACCAUCAAGCUCUGGGACUGGGAGAAGGGAUGGAAGUGCGUCCGCGUAUUCGAGGGCCACGGCCACUACGUCAUGGGUCUCGCCAUCAACCCCAAGGAUACCAACACGUUCGCCUCGGCCUGUCUCGACCGCACUGUCAAGAUCUGGAGCCUGGGCUCAUCCACCGCCAACUUCACCCUCGAGGCGCACGAAACCAAGGGUGUCAACUAUGUCGACUACUAUCCCCAUUCCGACAAGCCAUACCUCCUCACCACCUCGGAUGACCGCACCGUCAAGGUGUGGGACUACACCACCAAGUCGCUGAUUGCCACGCUCGAGGGCCACACAAACAACGUCUCCUGGGCGUGCUACCACCCCGAGCUUCCCGUCAUCAUCUCCGGUUCCGAGGACGGCACCGUGCGGUUAUGGCACGCCAACACGUACCGAUUUGAGCAGGUGCUCAACUACGGCCUCGAGCGCGCCUGGUGUGUUUCCUACCAGAAGGGCAAGCAGGGCGUGGCGGUGGGUUUUGACGACGGUCUCGUCGUCGUGAAGCUCGGUCGCGAGGAGCCGGCCGUGUCGAUGGACGCCUCUGGCAAGCUCAUCUGGGCCAGGCACAACGAGGUUGUGUCUUCCAUCAUCAAGGGCGGCGACGCCUCCGUCAAGGAUAACACGCCCAUCAGCUUGCCCACCAAGGAUCUCGGCAGCUGCGAGGUCUACCCGCAAACCCUCCUCCACUCGCCGAACGGUCGAUUCGUUGCCGUGUGCGGUGACGGCGAAUACAUCAUCUACACUGCGCUGGCGUGGAGGAAUAAGGCUUUCGGCUCUGCGCUCGACUUUGUCUGGGGCGCCAAGGAGAACAGCAACGACUUUGCCAUUCGGGAAUCGGCCACGAGCGUCAAGGUGUACAAGAACUUCACGGAGAAGACGGGUGGUCUCGACGUCGGUUUCCAGGCCGAGGGCCUCAGCGGCGGUGUCCUGCUCGGUGUCAAGGGCCAGGGCGGUGUGUCCUUCUUUGACUGGGCCAGCGGCGGUCUCGUCAGGCGAAUUGAGGUCGAGCCGAGACAGGUCUACUGGUCCGACAGCGGCGAGCUGGUCACCUUGGCCUGCGAGGAUUCGUUCUAUGUCCUGCGCUUCUCGCGUGAAGCAUACAAUGAGGCGCUGCAGAAUGGCGAGGCUGACGAGGAUGGUGUCGAGGCCGCAUUCGAGGUCAUCACUGACAUCAACGAGAGUGUUCGCACUGGAGAAUGGGUUGGCGACUGCUUCAUCUACACCAACAGCACAAACCGCCUGAACUACCUCGUCGGCGACCAGACAUACACAGUGUCUCACUUCGACCAGCCCAUGUACAUCCUCGGCUACAUCCAGCGCGACUCCCGCAUCUACCUCGCCGACAAAGAUGUCGGUGUCACCUCGUUCGCUCUUUCGCUCCCUGUACUUGAGUACCAGACACUUGUGCUGCGCGGCGACAUGGACACGGCUGAGGAGCUCCUUUCCAGCGUACCCCAGGACCAGCUUAACAAGAUUGCGCGAUUCCUCGAGGGCCAGGGUCACAAGGAGCUUGCGCUGGAGGUGGCGACGGACUCGGAGCACAAGUUUGAGCUGGCGCUCGGACUCAACCAGCUGGACAUUGCGCUCGAGCUCGCCAGAGAGGCGGACGUCGAGCACAAGUGGAAGACGGUGGGUGACGCUGCCCUCACUGCGUGGGACGUCGCCCUUGCCCAGGAGUGCUUCACGCACGCCAAGGACCUUGGCUCGCUGCUGCUGCUCUACUCUUCGACGGCGGAUCGCGAGGGCCUCACGAAGCUGGCGGAACAGGCCGAGGCGGCGGGCGCGCACAACGUUGCCUUUAGCGCGCAAUGGCUGGCCGGCAACGUCGAGGGCUGCGUUGAGACACUUGUCCGGACAGGCAGGAUAUCAGAGGCCGUGCUCUUCUCGCAGACGUACAAGCCCAGUCUGACAACGGGCGUCGUGGCGCAGUGGAAGGAGAGCCUCGACAAGAGCAAGAAGGGCCGCGUGUCGAAGCUGCUCGGCGUGCCUACGGAGGAUGAGGAGCUCUUCCCCGAGUGGGAUGAGUGGCUACGACUGGAGCGUGAGGGUGGUGCGGAGACGGCAGCCCCCGUGGCCAAGACGAACGGCAACGGCGCCGAGUCGGGUGCGGACGCGGCGUCGGAGGACGAUGACGAGGCCGCCGAGGAGGAGGCCGAUGCUUCGGCCAGCGAGUAG